AUGACGCGGCCCGUGUCUUCCCGCAUCCUUUCAGCCUUCCCGCGUCUUUAAGCGAUUCUUGUCGCUCCACGAACCGCUCCAGCCUCCCGACGGUUAGUGAGAGAAACAACCGACGAACGUUUCCUGUCUCUGAAGGAGACUGUCUCUCUCUCUCUCUCUCUCUCUCUCUCUCCGCUCGCCGCUGUCCAGAGAAAUUAUAAUAUUUAGCACACCGGUGAACGAACGACUUUUUGUUUUCUGUUUUCUGUAUUUGACUAAGAAGCUUCUCGUCUAACGUUACCGAGACCCCUCGAUAUGUCCCUUUAGCUGCCCCUCGGAAUGCCAGACCAUGACAGUUCAGCCCUAAGCAGACAGACCAAGCGGCGCCGCGUGGACAUCGGGGUGAAGAGGACUGUGGGUAGUGUAGUCUACGCUCAGAGAACCAGAGAGACCAUCCUAUUCAACACCAUGAAUCAAUCUCACGGCCCCGAGCAGGACAGAGACUGCUCAUUGGUUCCUCACAGUCACGGUGGGUCCAAUGGGGACGGAGAGAAGUCCAAUGUUCUCCGGAAGCUUCUGAAACGGGCUAACUCGUACGAAGACGCCAUGAUGCCUUACCCUGGCACCACCAUCAUCUCUCAGCUGCUGAAGAGUAACAUGGGGAAGAAUGGAGACAGAGAGGGAGGCUUCCAGGGUAGUGGCGGUCUCUCCAGCGCUGGGUCAGAUUUCCAAGCGGAGGAUGUCUGCAGUAACUCCUCCCGAGACAGAGACAGCCCCCUCGCCCCCUCUCCUGCCCCCUCCUCCCCCCUGCCUCCUCCCCUUCGGCCGCCCCCCUCCCCCCACACCUCUCUCACCCCUCUGGACCUGGAGCGCCUCACGGACGAGCACCUGCGUGCCAAACGGGCCAGGGUGGAGAACAUCAUUCGGGGCAUGAGCCAUUCCCCUUGCGUGCCUCCACCUGCUCUCCAUCCCAGAGAGAGGGACAGGGACCGAGAGAAAGGGAACAAGACGGGGAGAAGAGAGGACAGGGAGAGGGAAAGGAACUGUCCCCCACUGCAGCCUCCCAGCCCUGGGUCUCUCUCAAGAGGGGGAGAGGGGUACAGGGAGAGUCGGGGGGAGGCUAGAGGAGAGGUGUACAGGGAGAACAAGAGAAAGCAGCGUCUCCCCCAGCAGCAACAACAGUCCUUUACCCAGCUGGUGUGUGUCAGACAGGAGAAGAGGCAAGAGGAGAGACGACAACUCAAACUACAGCUAGAGGAUAUGCAGAAACAGCUUCGUCAGCUGCAGGAGAAGUUCUAUCAGAUCUAUGAGACUGAGACCGAGGAGGAGGAGGAGGAGGAGGAGGAGAGAGCAGGAGGAGGGGAGGAGGACGGGAACCUGUCAGAGAACAGCGUCCGCUCCGACGGUUUGGAGAACACACACAGGGACCGCCGCGGCAACCGUAACCGCGCCGACGGUAUCUAUGAUGACCUGUCAGAGUUGGUUGACGACCCAGGUCUAUUUCUGGACCGAGCCAGAGCACUGUUACGAGAACAGGCCCUGUUGGCUGGAGAGAAGGAUGAGGAGGGAGAGAAGGAGGAGGGAGAGAGGGAUGAGGGAGAGAGGGAGGGGGGGAGGAGGUUGAAGAGGGAUUGGGGCCAAGGGGAGAGAGGGGCAGGAGGGGGGCCAAUGCGAGCAGAGGGGAGGCAGCUAGCCGAGACUCUAAAACAGGAGCUCAACUCUGCCAUGUCACAGGUGGUUGACACCGUGGUUAAAGGGUUCAACCAUAAACCACCCAGCCAUCAUCAUCUUCAACACCAUCCUUCUCAUCACAGUGGCUCCCAAAACACCCCCUCUGCCACUAAAGCUCCCUCACAGGCCUCCUUCCCUCCCUUCCCCCCCUCCCUCUCCACGGACUCUCGCUUCGGGGGAGUCAGCAUGAACAUGAACGGUGACAGCCCCAACUUUCACUCAGCCAAUCAGAGGCUGCCGUGCUUUGGCGACGUCAUCAUCCCGAGCACGCUGGACUCGUUCGGGGGCCUCAGUGUUCCGACGGCCGGUGACCAGACAGAAGCGCUGCCUCUAGUGGUCAGGAAGACCAGCGCCGAACAACACCAACAGAACCCCUGUCUCCCUCCUCCUCCUCCACCUCACCCCCACCACCCCUCCCUCCAUUCCUCCCCCCUCUCUGCCUCUCUGGGGUUCUCCCCUCCCUCCUUCCGACACCCCUUCCCCCUCCCACUGAUGGGCUACCCUUUCCAGAGCUUCUCCAAAGACCAGCGCUCCUCCCCUGAGUCCAUGGACCUCUCCAGGGAAACUGUGGGGCUGCGGACCAAGAUGGGGUCGGGCGGGGGCGUCCAUUUUGUCUCCCACCACCACCACCACAGGCAGAGCUCUCCACCCCAACAUGGAGGAGGGAGCGAGGGGCUGUCGCUCAUCAAGUCAGAGUGUGGAGACCUUCAGGACAUGGCUGAUAUAUCUCCUUAUUCAGGAGGUACUAUCCAGGAGGGCUUGUCUCCCAACCAUCUGAAGAAAGCCAAGCUCAUGUUCUUCUACAGCAGAUACCCUUCAUCCAACAUGCUCAAGACCUUCUUCUCAGACGUCAAGUUUAACCGCUGCAUCACGUCUCAGCUCAUCAAGUGGUUCAGUAACUUCAGAGAGUUCUAUUACAUCCAGAUGGAGAAGUUUGCCCGGCAGGCCAUUAACGAGGGAGUGACCACCAACGAGGACCUGUCUGUGGGCAGGGAGUCUGAGCUCUACCGAGCCCUCAACAUGCACUACAACAAGGCCAACGACUUUGAGGUUCCAGAGCGGUUCCUGGAAGUGUCCCAGCUGACGCUGAGGGAGUUUUUCAACGCCAUAGUAGCAGGGAAGGACGUGGACCCAUCCUGGAAGAAGGCCAUCUAUAAGGUGAUCUGUAAACUAGACAGUGAAGUCCCCGAGGUCUUUAAAUCACCCAACUGUCUACAGGAGCUACUGAACGAAUGAACGUGACGUUUCGGGACAAAACCACAUCGAGUCCACACUCAAAAAAGAAAAAGAAAGAAAAAAGUUUUGUUUUAAAAACUGUCUUUUCAGUUUUUGUACAAUGUUACACUUUGACCUAUUGUUUUGAGUGGUGACCAGUUUUUUUUUUUUUUUCUCUUUGUCUGUGGCCAACAAAAAGAACCGAGAGGAAUGGUUUUCUGCUGAAGAAUUACAGACAACUAUAUCUUUGGAUGAAUGGAGUUGAAAGUGUAUAUGACAUUUGAUGUUGGGGAUGUCUCAUCAAAAACAAGUUCUGUCACAUACAGUACAUCUCACUGUACUUACAGACAAAUGUCCCCACUCAACAACAAUGAAAAAACAACAACAUUGUUUUAAAAAGAGCUGUAAAAAAAAAAAAAAAAAAUUUUUUUUAAAAGUGACCAUGUUUUUUUUAGAUAACAUUUUGAGAUUAGACCUUAUUUUGGUUUUCUAUCUUAAGUGGGUCUUAAACGCUCCAAUAAGAACGCCGUCCAGACAUCAGACUGGAACAGUUUUCUACGGACAACUUCGCCUUCGGGACGAGUAUGAAGACAAUGUGUUGGAUUCAAUCCGUAUCGCGGAAGAUUCACAGAAUUGAAUCCAGCACCUAUAUUUAAAUUUAUAUUGUGGACGUAUCAGACAAAGGUCACUUCUAAUAAAGUGCCCCACCCCCCGACACCUCUUCUUCGGCACAAAGUGACAAACUCCUCCUCCUCCGAUUCAUAGACACAAAGAAUUGUCGCAAUGCUGUAGAAUGCAGACUUUCUACUGUGUGUCUGGGAAUGAAUUCCUUUUUAAAAAUGUGUGUUCCCCUUCCCCUUUACACACAAACAAUUCCCCCCGUUCAUAUUCAGGAACGUUACCCGUCCAUACCACCUCCGUGGACUGUAAAGUACGGAGGAGAUCAGAGAUACACUCACACACUGCAGAGUGGUUGGAUUAUAAAACAUAGUAACAUUCCUAAAGUCCACCCAACUCCAACAUUUCCAUCCCAGCUGGGAAAGAAAUACUGAGCCGAUGUUGUUUAUUUUCACCCAUUUCUUUUCUUCGUCCUCCUCGUCUUCUUCUGCUUCUUCUGAGACCCAUUGGAUGUGUUGGCUGUACGCCCCCCCCCCUUCCUGGCUCUCAAUGUAAUAUGUGUUAUUUCCCAUUAGCUUGGGCUGUUAGCUGAAGGUAAAGUUUGCUAAACUCUGACUACUAUCUUGACUGAACUCAACUGAACUCAACUGAGCUGUUAGCUAAAACCGUUUAGCCGAAGCUGACCUGAGCUGUGAAGCUGGACAACUCUCUCCUCUCUUGUCGUCAUUGUUCUACUGAGACCAGAGUUAGUUACAAUUAGUGUGGUCAAACUAGCGGCAACUUCUAACUGAGGCUUUAACAUAACUAGCUAGCUAAAACGAAAGUGAUGUUAGACUAGCUGAACUGAACUGAAUUGUAAAGCUAGAAUAUUCUUCUAGAAGAUUCUGUAUUCUAUUCUCUGAGUUGCAGAGACUAUGUUCGCUCAGCAUGCUAGUUUGGCUAAACUAGCUGGGACUCCUAACUGGGGCUAAAGAGACUAGCUGACUGGUAACUGGGGCUAUAGAGACUAGCUGGUUGGUAACUGGGGCUAAAGAGACUAGCUGACUCCUAACUGGGGCUAAAAAGAACUACUAGCUGACUUGUAACUGGGGCUAAAGAUACUAGCUGACUGGUAACUGGGGAUAAAGAGACUAGCUGACUGGUAACUGGGGAUAAAGAGACUAGCUGACUGGUAACUGGGGCUAAAGAUACUAGCUGACUGGUAACUGGGGAUAAAGAUACUAGCUGACUGGUAACUGGGGAUAAAGAGACUAGCUGACUGGUAACUGGGGAUAAAAAUAACUACUAGCUGACUGGUAACUGGGGAUAAAGAGACUAGCUGACUGGUAACUGGGGAUAAAGAGACUAGCUGACUGGUAACUGGGGAUAAAAAGAACUACUAGCUGACUGGUAACUGGGGAUAAAGAGACUAGCUGACUGGUAACUGGGGAUAAAGAGACUAGCUGACUGGUAACUGGGGAUAAAAAUAACUACUAGCUGACUGGUAACUGGGGAUAAAGAGACUAGCUGACUGGUAACUGGGGAUAAAGAGACUAGCUGACUGGUAACUGGGGAUAAAGAGACUAGCUGACUGGUAACUGGGG